GAAAAACCGAAGCAACAACCUAUGGAUGUGUCAAGUGAGACGGUGGAGAGAACCGAUCUUCAGCAACCAUUGGUGGACCGGACGGUCUCCGAGCCAAAACCUCCCAAAGAUGUCGGACUCGAGACCGUUUUAACGGAUAGUAGACUUUCAUGUCGGAGGCGCGUGUACUUAGGCGCGUGCAUAGAGUUGAAAUUACUCUUCCGGCUGGCACUUCCGGCCAUACUAGUCUAUCUUUUCAACAUCGGAAUGAGUAUCUCCGCUCGUAUAUUCUCCGGACAUCUCGGCGGUCAGGAACUCGCCGCCGCAUCCCUCGGAAUCAGCUGCUUCUCUCUCGUCUAUGGCCUCAUGUUAGGCAUGGGCAGUGCAGUCGAGACACUAUGUGGACAAGCCUAUGGAGCCAAACGGUAUGAUAUGCUUGGGAUCUAUCUCCAAAGAGCAACAAUUGUCCUCGUUAUAGUGGGUUUGCCCAUGACAGUGCUAUACACCUUCUCAUUCCCGAUCCUACUUAUUAUGGCAGUUUCAGCAUUAUCCUUCAUGGUCUCUGUCGGCUUUAACGCCGCUGCAAGUAUACGAACAAGUAAUGAGCUCGGAGCAGGUAAUCCAAAAUCAGCGUUGUUCUCUACAUGGACGGUGACUAUUGUUUCCUUCAUGAUCUCCGUUGGGGAGGCGCUCAUCCUGAUGGCGUCACGUGAUUACAUUAGCUACAUUUUCACGUCAGACGCUGAUGUGGCUGAGGCCGUCUCUGACCUCUGCCCUUAUCUUGCCAUCACUGUCAUUCUCAACGGAAUCCAACCCGUCUUGUCCGGUAUACUGCAUAUAAACUUAACCGGAUUUAACUUAACCAAACCGAGUCAAAUAAAUAUCGGUUUUGUAUUUGUUGCAGGAGUAGCAGUGGGAUGUGGAUGGCAGACAUUCGUGGCAUAUGUGAAUGUUGGUUGUUACUAUGUUGUUGGUAUUCCCAUUGGUUGUGUUCUCGGCUUCACUUUCAAUUUGCAAGCCAAGGGUAUAUGGACUGGAAUGAUUGGAGGUACCCUCAUGCAAACUCUCAUCUUACUUUACGUCACAUAUCAAACAGAUUGGGAUACAGAGGUGGAAAAGGCGAAGAAACGUUUGGAUAUGUGGGACGACAAGAAGGAAUCUCUCCAAACAUAG